GGGUCGGUUUGUAUUACUACGCAAAGAGUAGGAUCGAGAGCCGCUAGGUAAACGAUUCAAGAAAACCUGAUCGGCGCCAAGGCACCGACUGGUCACACCCCAAAGCACCCUGUACUUGCGGGUGGGAAAACCUUGCGAUGUGCGACAAUGAAGCGUGUACGCACAGAGCAGAUUCAGUUGGCUGUAACUUGCUACCUCAGACGUCGCCACUACAUCGAUCUAGAAGGGUCCCUGAAGCAAGGACUGCGACUAAGCCAGACUGCAGAGGAAAUGGCGGCUAAUCUGACGGUGCAAACAGAAUCCAGCUGUGCCAAUGCAGUAUCUUCAGCCCCCUGCCAGGUUGAACCUCAGCAAUAUGAAGUGCAAUUUGCCCGGCUACGGAAUUUCCUUUUAGAGGUAGACACAAGUGAGAGCCGUGAAGUAACAAACCUCCUCUACCCUCUGUUCGUCUACCUCCACUUGGACAUGGUGCAGAACUGCCUGAAAAGUGCAGUGGACAGCUUCUACAGCCGCUUCCAUGGUAUGUUCUUGCAGCAGCCAGCCCAGAAGGACAUCAUCGAGCAGCUUCAGACCACCAUGACCAUGCAGGACAUCCACUCCAACUUCAAAUUGAGAGCUUUUCUUGAUAAUAAGUAUGUGGUCCGCCUCCAAGAGGACAGCUACAACUACCUUCUGCGCUACCUCCAAAGCGAAAACAACACUGCCCUGUGCAAAGCCAUCACACAACACAUCCAACUGGAUGUGCAGCCGGCCAAAAGGACUGAUUACCAACUGUAUUCUAGCGGUGGGUCAUCGGCACGUGGAGAGAGCAACAGUCUUGAUCCACCAGAUGUCCCAGCUCCCAUUCUGCAAAACGAGGUGGCGCUUGAACAGUUACAGGACUGUAUAAAGCGUGUGAAAGAUGGCCCACCCUCACUCACCACUAUUUGCUUCUAUGCCUUCUACAACACUGAGCAGCUGCUAAACACAGCGGAGAUCUCUCCAGACAGCAAACUGUUGGCUGGUGGCUUUGACAACUCCUGUGUGAAGCUGUGGAGCCUGCAGUCCAAGAAACUAAAAGCUGAGCCACAUAGCGUUGAUGUGUCGCGUAUCCGGCUGGCCUGUGAUAUGUUAGAGGAAGAGGUUGAGGAUGAUGACCAGGCAGGAACAGAAAUGAAGAUACUUAGGGGACACUGUGGGCCGGUGUAUAGCACACGCUUUCUCUCGGACAGCUCUGGACUUCUGUCUUGCUCUGAGGAUACAUCCAUUCGCUACUGGGAUCUCAGAACCUUCACCAAUACUGUACUGUACCAGGGUCAUGCAUACCCAGUCUGGGACCUGGAUGUUAGCCCCUGUAGCCUGUUUUUCGCCAGCGGGUCUCAUGAUCGAACAGCAAGGCUUUGGUCAUUUGACCGGACGUUCCCCCUGAGAAUAUACGCUGGGCACCUAGCAGAUGUAGACUGCAUAAAGUUCCAUCCUAAUUCCAACUACCUUGCCACUGGGUCCGCUGACAAAACUGUGAGGUUGUGGAGCUCUCAGCAGGGGAAUUCUGUAAGGCUGUUCACUGGGCAUCGUGGGUCAGUAAUGGCGCUUGCUUUUUCCCCCAAUGGUAAGUACUUGGCCUCAGCUGGUGAAGAUCAGCGCUUAAAAUUAUGGGACUUGGCUUCAGGGACACUUUAUAAGGAACUAAGAGGACAUACGGACAACAUUAACAGCCUCACGUUUAGUCCAGACAGCAGCCUGAUUGCUUCUGCGUCCAUGGAUAACUCUGUUCGCGUGUGGGAUAUCCGAAAUACCUAUUGCAAUGCCCCUUCAGAUGGCUCAUCCAGCGAGCUAGUUGGUGUGUACACGGGGCAAACAAGCAAUGUUCUGAGUGUUCAGUUUAUGGCCUGUAAUCUGCUCAUGGUGACUGGUAUUGCUCAGGAGAAUCAGGAACAUUAGCACUGACACAUAGGAAGCUUAGUGUAUUAAGGAUUAGUUCAGAAGGGAAAUGUAAGGACUGCGGAUAAGAUUUGCGUGAAUUUCCUGUGCAAGAAUCUUCUUUUUUUUCUAUUUUAUUUCCCUUGGCCAUUUCAAUGAUGCACUGAAUGCUAAGUGUUUUUCUUUCCAUUAGAUAUUAUAAUAUGUGUCUGCAUGCAAGCUUGUUUUUUUUUUGUUUCAUUCAGCAUAAGCGUGAAGACAACCUUUUCUAUGUGGUCAAAGUUUAUAAUUUAAGGAGGCAACAAAUAGUUCAUCCUUAUAUUCUUUCUAGCUUUGACUUUGUGAAGAUGUUUAUACCUCCUUUAUUUUGUUUGUUGGUACUUUAUUCCUACAAGACUCUACAAGAUGAACUUUAAAAAUAACUAGAUAAGAGCUCAAUAAGAGCACAUGUACAUGAUGAAUCAAAGUGAGUGAGACAAUGCCCAUUUAUCCUCAAAAGUUGGCCAGCGUUUUUUCUAUAGUCCUUUUUCUGAAUAUUUAAAAUCUGUAAGCUGCUGUAAGUUUGGCAUCUCAGAACAGAAUAAAAAUGGUCAAAAUAUGAA